GCUGGUAACAAGACGCAAUCCAACGGGGCCAGAAGUCUCGUGGCAGAACAGCGGCCUAGCCCCUCCUCACCCAAAUAUUGGAGUCAUAGCCAAUAUAAAGGCUCGGAUGGAAAGAACAUCACCGUGCAUUACUGCCGGACUCUCAAGAGCACCGAAGAAGUAGCGCGGUACUUCCUAGACGACAAGGUAGUAGGACUCGACCUAGAAUGGAAAGCUCAGGCCUCCGCCUCAGACACCAUCCAAAACAACAUGUCGCUCAUCCAAAUCGCCAACAAAGAACGGAUCGCCCUAUUUCACCUCGCGCUCUUCCAGCCCGCAAAGAGCAUCGAUGACCUGGUCGCCCCGUCUCUCCGGCGGAUUAUACAAUCGCCCGACAUCACCAAAGUAGGCGUGUCCAUCAAAGCAGACUGUACCCGUCUUCGGAAAUUCCUAGGCAUCAACGCCCGCGGCAUCUUCGAGCUCAGCCAUCUAUACAAGCUAGUCAAGUACUGCCAUUCUAACCCGGCGCUGAUCAACAAACGACUGGUCAAUCUGAGUGAUCAAGUACUGGAACAUUUUGGGCUACCUCUGCAGAAAGACGACGACAUCCGGUGCGGCGACUGGACUUAUCCGCUGAACUACCGUCAAGUCCAAUACGCUGCGUCCGACCCUUACGCCUGUCUAUGUCUAUUCUACACGAUGGACACCAAGCGACAAGCCCUAGACCCCACACCUCCUCUCCCAGCGCACGCGGAGCUCGAUCUUCCGAUCCGCAUCGUGCACGAAACGCCCGUGAAGACCGAGCCGGAGGAUGUCGAAGUCAUCGACCCUGCA